AUGACCGAAGCCCUGCGGUACCACCCCAAGGCCGAGCAGAUGAUGGGCGAGGGCGGGCCGGCUCGCUUCGGGCCGGACGCGUGCUUCUUCGUGCGGCGGAUCGACGGGUCCGAGGAGGACUUCAGCUGCGCGAAGCUCCACAAGGGCGCCGCGCGGUGUCGAUCGGGCGAGGUGCGGCUGGCAUUCCGCGAGGCGGUCGAGGCGGACGUCGAGGCCUUCAGACGGCUGGCCCGGCGCGUCGAAGCUGGCGAAGAGCUGCUCUGCGGCAUCAGCGGCCGCCAGAUAACGAUCGGGAGCGACGAGUGGGACGUCGACCACCAAGACCCGCCGUCGUUCGCCCAGAUCGUGAACGAGUUCUUGGACGACCGGCAGAUGGCCAAGGCCGACGUCGAGGUGAGGAAGCGGGCCGGGGUCAAGCCGCGCCUGGCGGAUGACCAGCUACGCCGAAUUUCGGGAGGAGCACAAAGAGGUCCGAGCACCGGCGCAUGA